AACUUUCAGUCUUCUCUUAGAAUUAGUAGGGUGAGGUGACCAACAAUGGGGUUGAAGAAGAUGGGUGUUCUCUUCCAGUUUCUAGUGGCUGCUGUGGUCUUUAGUGAGAUGCUUCUUUGCAUGGUUGAAGCAAAGGUCCAUUACUAUGAUUUUGUUGUGAAAGAUGAGAAUUUUACAAGGCUUUGUGAAACAAAAUCUGCUCUGGUUGUCAAUGGAAGCCUUCCAGGGCCAGUGCUUUAUGUCAAUAAGGGUGAUGUAAUGUACGUUAAUGUUCACAACAGAGGUGGCUAUAAAUUCACCAUUCACUGGCAUGGAGUGAAGCAACCAAGGAACCCAUGGUCUGAUGGUCCAGAGUACAUCACACAAUGUGGAAUUCAGCCUGGUACAAACUUCACCUAUGAGGUCAUAUUUUCUGAUGAGGAAGGCACCCUCUGGUGGCAUGCCCACAGUGACUGGACAAGAAACACUGUCCAUGGAGCCAUUGUCAUUUAUCCUGAAGAAGGCAGCUCCUAUCCUUAUCCCAAACCAGACGGUGAAGAAGUCCUUGUACUGGGAUCAUGGUAUACCUAUGAUGUGAAUUUAGUGGUUGAACAGGACCUUGCAACUGGGGCUGAUUUACCAGUUUCAGAUGCUUAUACCAUAAAUGGCCAACCAGGAGACUUCUGUGCCUGCUCCAAAGAAUCCACAUAUCGUUGGCAAGUUGAUUAUGGAAAGACCUAUCUUAUACGUAUUGUGAAUGCAAUCAUGAAUUCAGAAGCAUUCUUCGCCAUUGCUGGACACAACCUCACUGUUGUGGGAAUGGAUGCAUCAUACCUUAAACCCUUUAUCACAAGCUAUAUCACGAUAGGCCCCGGACAAACCAUGGACGUUCUUGUGACAGCAAACCAAUCUUUUGGCCAAUAUUACAUGGCUGCCAGGCAAUUCUACACUGAUAAAGCUAUCUUCACUGAAUAUGACAAAACAAAUGUUACUGCAAUUCUUGAGUAUAAAGGCAACUACACUCCCCCAGAUCCUCCUUCUUUCCCAUCCGACACACUUCCUUCUUACGCAGAUUAUCCUGCUGGAAUAACUUUUAGAAAUAAAUUGAGGAGCCUUGAUAAGCAGGACGUCCCCAAAAACAUUACUACCCAAAUGUACAUUGUUGCUUCUCAGAACCAAUUCUUGUUUAACAGUUCAGGCAAUGUAACUAUCUCUCUUGCUGCAAGCUUGAACAAUGUGACUUGGGUAAAUCCAAAAAUGGAUGUUCUUCAUGCCUACUACAGCAACAUGAGUGGUUUUUACACUGAAGAUUUCCCAGACAUGCCACCAAAUUUCUAUGACUUCGUUGCAGAAGGAUUGCCUGUUAAUACCACGCAAUCCUUGAUGGGGACGAAGGUGAAGGUGCUGGAAUAUGGAGAAGAAGUGGAGAUGGUGUUCCAAUCAUCUAAUGUAUUGAACGCAUCAGAGGAUCACCCAAUGCAUCUCCAUGGUCAUAGCUUCUAUGCUGUUGGAGCUGGAGGAGGCAAUUUUGAUUUCGAAGAAGACCCAAAAACAUACAAUUUGGUUGAUCCACCGUAUGUGAACACUGCUACUCUUCCCAAGAAUGGAUGGCUUGCUGUUAGAUUCAAAGCACUCAAUCCUGGAGUAUGGCUGUGGCAUUGUCACUUAGAUCGCCAUUUAAGUUGGGGAAUGGACACAGUUAUUAUAGUGAAGAAUGGUGGAACUCCUGAGACUUCUCUCCGCGAACCCCCAGCUACUAUGCCUGCUUGUAGCGAUCCGCCAACAAUUCAACUCUGGAAAUCUGAAUUUGUUUCUGGAAAUCUACGAGGGAGAUGAAUUAAAUAUUUAUGAUCUCAUACAAAUUGUUGCCGGAUAUUACUUUCAAUUAUUAUAUGGACCAGCUAGAACUUGGUUUCUUUUACUUAUAUUAAAUAACUAAUUGAAAAUGUCAGGUAGUUGAUAGUUCUCUUCUGUGACAUGGUUUUGAAUUUUGGGUAGAAUCAAAAUCACUGGAAGCAUUUCAUGGUGUGUUUUUGUAUGUAUCAAUAUGGCUUCCUGUGAUCUUUGCUUUUUUUAUGUAAAAGUAAUUGAAUUAGUUAUCCAAAGAAGGAACUUGAUUUCGAUUUUA